CUGUUCUAGCAGAAAGAGCAGUCAAAGAGUUCCAGACUUUCAGUUCAUUUCAUUCAUUAUUUCAUUGUAUGUUCAAGUUAGGUUAGGUGCACAGGUCUGCUGUUGUAAUGCGGUGCUUCAUCAUAUCUUUAUCCUUAUCAGAGUGAUUUGAUUUAGAGUUUUUGUAAAGUUUUUUCUACUAUUUUGUGACUAUGGUCUCAGGAUGAGUAGUCUUCAACUAAACCAGUUGAUUGUGAUGGUAGUAUUAACAAGUGCCCGAAAAUGUCCAAAAGCAGAGGAGACACCAUUUUAGGAAAGAUCGUCAACAAGAAAGAGUGUCUUCCUAAACUCGCUCGUAAAAAAUAUCCCGAACAAACAUCAUGUUCAACAUCCACAAAAACUUCACCAAUUGAAAAACGCGAGCCGCAAGGCCAGGAGGCAAAGACAAACAAUCCCAUUAGCGAUAAUGACUGGAAACGCAACUUGUAUGUGAGAGGUUUAUCCACGAGUACUCGUCCACAAGAUUUGCAAAAGCAUCUGUUAAAGGUUACAGGGGCCGAAACAGUCGCUUGUUCUCUGAUUCCUGGUGAGCCAUAUUAUUUCAAAAUUACCAUGGCUACAAGCAAAGACGCGUCCAAAUGUAUCAGGCUCCUCAACGACACUAAGCUAUUUGGAAGGAAAAUCAGAGUUGAACGUAAGGAGCGGGCACUAAUUGGAGAUAACGCCCGAAGUCGGUCUAAUUCAUUCGACAAGGAGUUGAAAGAACUCAAUCUCCUGGUUAACAAAAAUGACUCAAAGGCCAAUGGAACAAAGCUAAGAAAUCGGAGACGAUCCAGAUCGCAUGACAGAGAGCUUAAAAGUUCCGGGACUGACAGAAACCAAAAGAUUAUGUCGAUGUCAAAUGAAACGAAGAUGCGCAGCAAGUCCCGUGAAAGAAAUCGCGAGCGGAGUAGAUCUCCUGUGAAAAGAAGACAUCGAAGAAUGCCGUCUAUUUAUUGGGAUAUUCCUCCUUUCGGUUAUGAAUACAUGACGCCCAUGCAAUACAAAGCGAUGAGAGCUCAAGUUCUUACUAUACAAAUGCAAGGCGAAUUAUUCGUGGAUAACACUAUAAGUACUGCUUCGGUUGAAAUGGAAGACACAAGUUACAUUGUUCCAGAGGGUUGUAUCGUACACAAACUGUUCAUUGGUGGCCUGCUCAGUCACUUAAACCAAGAUUACGUAGAAGAACUGUUAGAAUGUGAGCGAAGGCAACUGGAGGAGAAAAUCCAAUUCGAAAAAGAACGAGAGUGGCAACGUAUUGAAAGGGAGACAUUAGAGCGCGAGAAAAUUGAAUUGCAACGAGAGCGGGAGCGAUUUGAACGAGAACAGCGGAUCGAAAAGGAGAAGAUAAAAGCAGAGAGAGAAGAGCUUAAGCGUCGACAAGCAAGUGUUAUGUAUUUUAGGUCGAUUGCUAAGAAAGAAAAUUUAAUUUGCGCAUCCAAGACGACAACCCAAGGACCAAUGCCGAUGAUGACUCCAGUCAUUGAAAAACCUUCAGUUCCAAUAAUAGUACGGCUCCCUCUUCAGUUUAGAAGCAAAUUGAAAAGAAAAAAAAAUGCCAAAGCUAUUACACCAAACGGUCAUCGAGAGUUUAAACUCAAGUUUAAUGACUCUCGGUCUAAUUGGCAGCGAUGUGUGGUACUCACCUUUUUAUUAGAUAUUUCGCGUAGACAAAUACGCAUGUCCACCUCGGGACUUCAUUCCCCUAAAAAAUGAUUUCAUUGUGUAUAAUUCCAAUAUUGUCUAAUAUCUCUGUUAAGUGUUAACCAAGAAUGAAAUACAAUACAGGUGUAGUCGUGUGAGCUGUGAGAACUCAAUAUUCGCAACUUUGGACCACAUCUUGAUUUAUUUUCUA